GCCUCUUCUCAACCCAGUCCUCCUCCGUGCUCUUUCUCUGCCUCCGCUCCAGCUUUCCGCCCAUCCUACCGUCUCUUCGCCAUGAGCCAGCCCGUCAGCGAUAAAGACAAGGCCAAGCAGCCCAUGCUGAUCGCCAGCAACGACUCUGCCGCCAUUCCCCCUGUCGAUGGUUGCGACGACUGGGCCAUCCCCACGGUUAUUAAGCAAAAUCAAUACUUUGUCGAGAUCACCACCACCAUGGCGGAUGCCCUCGUCGAGCUCGAUAAGCGCAUGCGCGACAGUAAGGAUCACCAUCUGAUCUCCAGAAAGCCCAACCGUCCCCUCGGCGGCCACGUCGUCGAAGCCGGCUACUUUGGCGUCUGGGCUUGCAACGGCCGUCCCAUCAUCGCCAUCAGGCCCGGCAACUACUGGAACUUCUCCUGGCGCCACACCUGGCAGUGCAAAGCCGAGUUUACCAAGGUUAGCGAGGUCCUCGGUCUGACGACCUGCCAGGUCGGCCAGUCCGAGGCCGCCGUUAUCAUGGACCCCAACAACCGCAUCUUCAUCAUCCGCAACGGUGGCUUUGCUGCCUUUGGCUCGCACGGUCUCUUCCGUGUCAUCGAGGUCGUCGAUACCCUGAAUCUCGGUGACUCUCACGCCCACUACGAAACCGAGCCCAGCGGCAAGUCCAACCGCGGCCGCAUUCUGGGCUGGAAGCGCGACGUCCGCGUCACCUUCAACGGCAGCUCUGUCGUCGUCGCCACCUUCUUUGUCGUUCCCGCCAACAACCGCCUGAUUCUGCAGCGUGGCAACGACCUGCUCAUGCUCAAUGCCGGCCAGCACGUCAUCACCAACCCGCACACCACCUUCCGCGGCUUCUAUUCGCUCGGUGAGCACCAGACUAGCUUCCGCACCCAGCCCGCCUACACCAUCGAGGGUGUCCCCGUCGUCCUCCACGUCAACCUGCGCUACAGAAUCGUCGAUCCCCUCCUGCUCGCCGCCAACUACGAUGACGCCUUCCAGGCCCUGGCCAACCCCGCCCAGACCGCCGUCAACUCGGUUGUCUCGCGCCUGAGUUACCAGCAGUUCAUGCGUGCAAAGUCGAUCAACGUCGACGUCCCCGACUUCCACGCCGACCCCUGGCUCGAUGCCUUCAAGACCGAAUGCCUGCGCGAUCUUACCCACCAGGCCUCCCACUACGGUAUCCUCGUCGAGAGCUUCGACGUCCUCGACCGUGAGCUCGAGGGUGCUCUCGGCAAGGAUCUCGAGAAGCAGUCCGAGCGCGUGCUUCGCAACCAGGUCGAGGCCACCCAGAUCUCUCUGCAGAACCACAUUGCCACCGAGACCCAGAGAGGCAAGCUCGAAAUCGCUCAGGUCGAGGCCGAGCAGCGCAAGACCGCCGCCGAUGCCAGCUACUACGUUGCCACUCGUGAGUCCGAUGCCGCUUACUACAAGAUCCUCAAGAGCGCCGAGGCCGAGGCCGAGUCGUCGCAGCUGAGAACCCAGCAGGAGGCCAAGAACGUCAUUGCCCUUGCCGAUGCCAAGAGACGCGAGAUCGAGUUGCUGUCCGAGGCUUACGCCAAGGUUCCCGAGGGCCACGCCCAGAGAAUGCAGCUCUCUGUCUACGAGAUCGAGAAGCGCAAGGCCCUGCCUGCCAAGACCAUCUACUUCUCUGGCGACAAGUCCGAGACGCCACAAGACAUCCUGCGCGGCGUGGACGCUGGCCUCGGCUGGAACAUUGGCGCUACUCUGGGUGGCAAGCAGUCAUAGACCAGCCCGCAGGCGCAUACAUCCCACGGCACUUGUGCGCCUGGUGGUUAAGGAGCGCAUCCCGAGCCACACGACCUCAUUGCUGAGUCACCUUCCCCUGCCCGCCGCGAUUCCAUCCCUCUAUCUAUCUCUCUAUGUUGCUUGAUUUUUUUUGUUUGACUCUCUGAUUUCUCCUUACCGGCUGUUCUACCAAAAAUCGAAUCUCAUGUGUAUCCCCAGACAAACGAAAGAAAGGCGAAAGCAAAAAAAAAAUUCCCCUUCCUCCCUCCCUCAAUAAUCAUUGCUUCUUCUUUGUUUUCAACUGACUGGUCUGUAACCCGCCUGGUCUGUAAAUAUAUAACGCCGCCCAACACCAAUGGGACACACCAA